AUGAAUAAUUUAAAGGCUGUGCCAAGACAAAGGCAAGGUUCUUGUGCCAGAUGGAAAAAUGUUAGUUCUGAGCAUUUGUCUUGGACUGAAAAUGAUUCUAUAGAAAACCAAUUGGUUAACCACCUUAUAAGAACAAUAGGUACUGAAAUAGACAUACGUAAAAGACAAAUACUGUGUAUUUUAAAUGAUAAAAUAUUCAAUGCAAAGCACGAUAAUAUAAUACAAAUAUCAAGUGGGAGUUUAGCAGAAGGAAUGGAUUUACCCGGAAGUGACAUCGAUAUGAUGUAUGUCGAUGAUGGAGUAAACGUAACACAGAUUGAAAGGAAUAUUAAACAUCAGGUACAACGUACUGAAGUAUUUAUGGAGACAGAUACUGAUCAUCCUGGAUUUACUAGACUCAGAUUGGUAGCAGCAGGGAAAACAGGAAAUAUUUUUCUAUCUAAUGAAUGUAUUGUCAAAACACAAACAGGUCAAUAUUUAUCAACGACCAACUUUGUAAAUCAUAUGAAGCAGGGACACAAGCAGGAGACGUUGUCUACACACGGUCCCUGUUUAUCAGAUAAAAAUCAAACUAUUGAUUAUGCAUUCUGCCUUAGAAGUAAAUAUUUGCCCUACCAUGUUAUGCCAUGGAUAUUGCGUUAUCGACGGCAAUGGCCCCCUAAUGUCAUUAUUGACAGGAUAGUAUAUUACGGUUGUUUGUUAGUACCUAUUGGACCAAGGAGUAUGCCAAAUUGUAAUUUAUUAUGGAGAAUAUCUUUCUCUGUGGCAGAAAAACAACUUGUCCAUUCGUUUAAUUUCACCCAACUCUUGUGUUACGGUCUUCUUAAAUUAACAUUAAAACGUAUCGUAAACACAAACAACGGUGUGAAAGAUUUGUUGUGUUCUUACUUUUUGAAGACGGCUUUAUUCUGGGUCUCAGAGGAAGUUGAUAUUGACACUUUUCAAUUACCUACAUUGUUUAUUUGUUUUUAUCUCUGCCUAAAUAAGCUGAUGUCAUGGGUAAACAACUGUUACUGUCCGAACUAUUUCAUACCUGAACAAAACAUGUUCUUAGGAAAGAUCAAUACAUAUAACAAUAACUCAUUAGUCAGUGUACUCAAUAGUAUAAAGUAUAGGGGUAUCAGGGGAUUGAUGCAGAAUUUAUUUCAUUAUUAUAAAUGUAAUAUUAGUUGUUAUCCGCCGUAUAGUGACACUAGAGAACAAUCGAUACUAAUGUUAGACUUCCUGUUUUACAGAUUUUUUGGUAUUAUGGUGACUGAUACGGAAAUAAUGUCAAAUCUUACAAAAAAAUAUAACGUACUAACAUUUAUUGAAUCAUUACAAAGUUCUGAAUCGUCUACAUUUAAUAUCGGUGUGUGUAAGUUUCAUUAUGCGUCUAUCAGUCAAUAUGCAGCACAAAUGUUACCACCACCGAAUACAAAUUAUAACAUACACACAAGGUAUCAUAGACAUUUACAUGACAGUAAACAGAGGGAUGCCGUGACAGGUUGGUUGUUGUACGCGUCGUUUUAUUAUGUAACAGAACAGUACAAUGUAACACUCAGACUUACGGAGUAUGUGCUAUCAAAAUGUUCACCUGAUAUGUUGUGGAUGAGCCAAUUCUUCCACAGUGAAGAAGUUGUAAAUAAUUACAGACAUCAUGUACAUUAUUCUAUGUCAUUGAAUGCAAAGAUGAAAACAGCUGUUGCAUAUGAUUUAUUGUACUUACAACACUUAUCAAUAAUACCAAAAGAAUUAUAUUUGGAGGUAGAAGACGCGUUCUUCAUCAUACCACCUGUAAUAAUGUCUCACUGUCUACGAUUUCUAUGCUAUCAUCAUAUUGGUGAUAAUAUCAACAGACAACAGACAUUACGUCAAUUAUCUUUAACAAGAGCUGUGACGACUGAUGUAUUAUCUAAUACAUAUACACUAAUUGGUGUAUGUUGUGAAAUAUCCGGUGAUAAUGACGCAGCUUUUCGUUGUUAUAAUGACGCUUUGCAAUGUGAUUAUUAUAUAUGUCCCUCAGCAGAAAAAAGGAAGUUAAGACUGUUAAAUAUCUAA